AUGGGAGAUAUCACAAUUGCGAGUGAUAAUUUGAAGUUGAAAUAUGGUGGCAGAUCUUCUAUAAACUGUCCAAUGCUUACAUCAUCAAACUAUACUGUGUGGGCUAUCCGAAUGAAGCUUCUUCUUAAGGUGAACAAGGCGUGGGAGGCAAUAGAGACAGAAUCAACGUCCAUACCGGAAGCGCUUGUCCUUCAAAUUGGAGACCUAGAUAAUGCAAAGAAAGUAUGGGAAGCUAUCAAAUCGCGACACAUGGGAGCAGAAAGAGUAAAGGAAGCGAGGCUACAAACACUUAUGUCAGAGUUUGAGAAACUCAAGAUGAAGGAUAAUGAUACAAUAGAUAGCUUCGUUGGCAAGUUAUCCGAGCUUUCAUCAAAAUCUGCAGCAUUUUGGAUCAAUAAGACCACAAGCUUUGAAGACAUCGUCGGACGUCUCAAAGCCUUUGAAGAAAGAGUUGCUGAUGAAGAAGAAGAUACACAAGAUGACAAAAGCAAACUGAUGUAUGCUAACACGGAGGCAUCGCAGAAUUAUCAACGCGAUUUUAAUGGGAACUAUCGAGGAAGAGGUCGUGGAGGAAGAGCUUACGGUAGAAAAGGACGAGGACGAGGAAGAUCAUAUUCAAACUUUGAUAUGUCGAAGAUAACAUGCUUUAGAUGUGAUAAGAAUGGACACUUUGCGGCUGACUGUCCCGAUAGAUUGCUCAAGUUACAGGAGACUUAUGAGAACAAGGCAGAUGAGAUGCAUGAAGCGGAUAAAUUGUUGAUGCAUGAGGUUGUGUAUUUAAACGAGAAGAACAUAAGGCCUAAGGAGUUCAAGACUAACAUUGAUGGAAACAGGUUAUGGUAUCUAGACAAUGGGGCUAGUAACCAUAUGACAGGGAAUAGGAAGUAUUUUAACACCAUAGACGAGACCAUUACGGGAAAAGUGAGGUUUGGAGAUGAUUCAAGGAUCGACAUCAAAGGUAAAGGGUCCAUCUUGUUUGUGAGCCAAGACGGGGAUAAGAAGAUACUUGCAGAUGUCUACUUCAUACUGGAGUUGAAGAGCAACAUCAUAAGCCUUGGUCAAGCAACUGAAUCAGGGUGUGAAGUACUGAUGAAAGAUGAUGUUCUAACAUUGAAAGAUAAAGACGGCAAUCUGAUUACAAGCGCGAAGAGAUCACCAAACGUCUUUAUAAAGUGCUUAUGGAGAUGGUAG